ACAGUGCAGUCGUGCAAUCCAACAGCACAAAAUGGCAGAACAACGAAAACGACAACGUUCUGUCGAGGACCAUGACGGUCCUGCGGAUCUGCAUUCUGACAACGAACAAAGUCAUCCGCAAAAGAAAGCCCGGAAAGAAACCAAUGCCUCAGCACGCAGGUCCCUCUUCGUCCGCUCUCUUCCAGCAAUUGCAACCAGCGAAGCUCUGACAGAAUUAUUCUCCCAGAGCUACCCCCUCAAACACGCAACCGUUGUGCUCGAUCCAGCUACCAAGCAAUCAAAAGGCUAUGGCUUUGUCACGUUCGCAGAUGCCGAAGAUGCGCAGAGAGCUAUGGAUGAGUUCAAUGGGAAACCUUUCCUUGGCCGAAAGAUGAAACUCGAGAUUGCACAACCAAGAUCAAGAGAGGCGGGGACGAAUGGCGUGCUAGGAGCCAAGAAGAAAAGUGCGAUUUCUGAAGAAGCUGCUGCGCUAAAGAAGGCUCGGGAGGAGAAGUUGCUUCAAGCUCGAAAACCAUCCAAACUCAUCAUACGCAAUCUGCCGUGGAGCAUCAAGACACCAGAGCAGUUGACGGAGUUAUUCCAGAAGUUUGGAAAGGUGAAGCACGCCAAUUUGCCUAAGGUUAAGGAUACGCAGGCAGGCUUUGGAUUUGUGGUUAUGCGAGGCAGGAAAAAUGCGGAGAAGGCUUUGGCUACUGUUAAUGGAACCGUGGUUGAUGGCAGGACACUUGCUGUGGAUUGGGCAGUUGAGAAGGAGGUUUGGGAGAGUCAGAACAAGUCCGCUGGGGCUGAUGAGGAAGAUGCAAAGGACGAGGACUCGGAUGGUGGUGCCCCAUUGAAGAAAGAGAAACCGGAGUCCGAGAACGAGGAAGAUGAUGUUGCAAAUUUCAUGCGCAAUCUUGGGGAUGAAUUGGAAUCUGAGCCUGAGAGCGGCGACGAGGAUGUGAAAAGCGAUGAUGAGGAUGCUGAUAUGGAUGUUGAUAUGGAUGAAGAGGACGAGGAUGAUGAUGUCUCCACGGACGAUGAGGAAAGCGUGGACGAGAAGCCGCAGAAGGAGUUGAUCACAGACAAUUCUUCAACCCUCUUCAUUCGCAAUCUCCCCUUUACGACCCUUGAUGCCGACCUCAAAGAGCAUUUCCAACAAUUCGGGCCGGUCAGAUACGCCAGAGUUGUCAUGGAUCGUGCAACCGACCGUCCCCGAGGAACCGGCUUUGUCUGCUUCUUCAAAGUCGAGGAUGCAGAUAAUUGCUUCCGAAAUGCACCGCGAUAUCAGUCCACCGGUGCAAGCGCCAACAAGUUGGCUGAAGGCCCCAAGGUCAAACACUCGGUUCUCCAGAAUGAGAAUGCCGAUUUAACCGGCAUGUAUACUAUCGAAGGCCGAGUCCUCCAAGUAGCCAAAGCCGUGGAGAAGGAAAAGGCGGCCCAACUGACCGAGCUGGGCACAAAGUAUCGAGACAACCGCGACAAAGAUAAACGCAGGCUGUACCUCCUCUCAGAGGGAACCAUCCCAUCCGGUACGCCUCUCUAUGAAAUGCUCGCGCCUUCCGAGAUCAAGAUGCGCGAGGACAGUGCGAAGCAAAGGAAAAAGCUCAUCGAGAAUAAUCCAACCCUCCAUCUCAGUCUAACCCGUCUGUCGAUCCGCAACCUACCCCGAAACAUCACCUCCAAAGACCUCAAAGCCUUGGCCCGCGAAGCCGUGGUCGGGUUUGCCAAAGACGUGAAAGAAGGCCGUCGCGCCCAAUUGUCCAAGGAAGAAGAGGCCCGUGGCGGCGAGGAGAUGCGCGAAGCCGAGAAGCAACGAAAAGCCAAAGGCAAAGGAAUCGUCCGCCAAUCCAAGAUCGUCUUCGAAGGCCGCGAAGGCACCAAGGUCCCCGAAGACAGCGGUGCCGGCCGAUCCCGCGGCUACGGAUUCAUCGAGUACAGCAGUCACCGAUGGGCAUUGAUGGGCCUCCGAUGGCUCAACGGCCACCAAGUCACCAACUCCUCGGGCAAGAAACAAAGACUCAUUGUCGAAUUCGCCAUCGAGAACGCCCAGGUCGUCCAGCGCCGCAAGGAAAAAGAAGAAAAAGCCCGACAGCGAUCAAAGGAGGUCCAGGCCGCGCGCGAGCGCGGCGAGCUCCCGGAGAAGGAAAAGAAACCCCUCGCCAAGACGCCCCUGAAGAAGCCUCGCGUGGCUGCUACCAAACCUGGCAUGAAGCUCGCGAAGGGUAAGCCUUUCAUCAAGCGUGCGCGACCCGCGAAGGGGGCCAGAUCAAGUGACGAGAAAGACAAUAACAAACAAGAAAAAUCCGAAACCAAAAAAUUCAAGCCGGGAUUCCCGCCGGGCGAGGAGGGCAGGUUGGCUCGUAGAGAGCAGAUCAUCCAGAAGAAGCGCAUGAUGAGGAGGAACAGGAAGAAGGGCUCUGCGUAAUGAAUCAUCUUAUCUUAUCUUGUUGCCGCUUAUGGCUCUUGAAGAUACCAUUGUUGUUGUUGAAUUCCAUUUUUUUUUAAAUUUUAUUUAUUUAUGUGUCUGC